CGAACACCACCAGCGACAUACGUACAUGCGGACGCCCUUAACUCCACCACCACCACCCAAACCGCAUGCAAUCGACUUCUGUCUCCCCGAGCUCCGUCCAUCUGCCAACUGGUGUGCUGCUUUCAUUUCGUCUCUCUUUUUCCAUUCACUGUUUGGUCCAUUGGUUAGGAAAUUACGACGAUGAUACCCACUACUAUAGCCCUUUGUUGGUGACCAGUUUGAGCGACUCUCGCAUGAGUGUUACGGAAGCGCGAUUGAUUGAUUGAUUAGAAGUUUAGAGCGCGCCUAAUCUGAGCAGCUUGCGCAGUUCGCCAUGGAGUGACGGGCGCUGCUAGCUGAGCGGCAUGGAGCGCAUCAGGUUCAGGAGCGUCGACGCCGGCGCCGGCACGUACCCGACGACGCUGCCGAGCCCCAGGAUGCUCGACGCCGCCGCGACGGAGCCGCCGGGCUUCAGGAAGAGCAUGAACCCGAUCUACGCGGACGGCACCGCCCGCUCCGCGUCCACCGCGGCGAUCUCGGCCUCCCUCGACGCCCCCGACCCGAACGGCUCCACACGAAGCCACGGCGCCGACGCCGACGCCGAGAGCGGGAACAGCAACAACAACAGCGUGGCCGCGGUGCUGGUGCGGCGGCACACCGGCGGGGACGCGCGCUGGGAGGCCAUCCGGGCGGCGGACGCGCGCGAGUCGCCGCUCAGCCUGGGCCACUUCCGGCUGCUGAAGCGGCUGGGGUACGGCGACAUCGGCAGCGUGUACCUGGUGGAGCUCCGCGGCGCCGCGGGCGGGGGCGCGCUCUUCGCAAUGAAGGUGAUGGACAAGGGGUCCCUGGUGAGCCGGAACAAGCUGUCCCGCGCGCAGACGGAGCGCGAGAUCCUCGGCCUGCUCGACCACCCCUUCCUCCCCACGCUCUACUCCCACUUCGAGACCGACAAGUUCUUCUGCCUCCUCAUGGAGUUCUGCAGCGGCGGCAACCUGCACUCCCUCCGCCAGAAGCAGCCCAGCAAGCACUUCACCGAGCACGCCGCCAGGUUUUACGCGUCCGAGGUGCUGCUGGCGCUGGAGUACCUGCACAUGCUGGGCGUGGUGUACCGGGACCUCAAGCCGGAGAACGUGCUGGUGCGGGAGGAAGGCCACAUCAUGCUCUCCGACUUCGACCUCUCGCUCCGCUGCGCCGUCAGCCCCACGCUCGUCCGCACCCCGUCCGGCCGCGUCGGCGCCGCCGGCGGCCUCGUCCACGGCUGCAAGCUCCCGCGCAUCCUCUCCUCCAGCAAGGCCAAGGGCAAGAAGAAGCUGGCGGCGGCCAAGGCCACCCAGCAAGAACUGGUGCCCGGCGACGGCAAGAAGCAGCCGUGGACGUCGCUCGAGUUCAUGGCCGAGCCGACGGGCGCGCGGUCCAUGUCCUUCGUCGGCACGCACGAGUACCUGGCGCCCGAGAUCAUCCGCGGCGACGGCCACGGCAGCGCCGUCGACUGGUGGACCUUCGGCGUCUUCCUCUACGAGCUGCUGCACGGCACCACGCCCUUCAAGGGCUCCGGCAACCGCGCCACGCUCUUCAACGUCGUCGGCCAGCCGCUGCGCUUCCCGGACGCGCCCGGCGUCAGCACCGCCGCCAGGGACCUCAUCCGCGGCCUGCUGGCCAAGGAGCCGCAGAAGCGGCUCGCGUACCGCCGCGGCGCCGCCGAGAUCAAGCAGCACCCAUUCUUCGAGGGCGUCAACUGGGCGCUCGUCAGGAGCGCCGCGCCGCCCUACAUCCCGGACGCCAUGGACUGCUGCCCCGUGCCCGUGCGGCUCCCCAGCGACGCCCCGUCGCAGGGCGGCACGCCGAGGAGCGUCGCCCCCGGUGGCAAGGCCGGCUCACCUCGUGCUGAUCCGGCGUCGUACGUGGAUUUCGAGUACUUCUAGGAAGCAAUCUUCCUACUCCUAGGUCGCUUCACCAUAGAAAAACACGGAAAAAAAAAUUUAUGAGACCAGGUCUUACGGGUUAGCAGGUGAGACCCAUCCUGAUGGAUGACACGUGGCAUUGACAAAUCACAAAGCAUCUACCCCAUCCCUCAUCUGAAAUCAGGGAAAGAGAUUACAUGUUUUGUGGUUUGUGAAUGCCACAUGUCAUCCAUCAGGACGGGUCUCACCUGGUUUAUAUGAGACCUGGUCUCGUAUAAUUUUUUUCCGAAAAACACAUGCCCGAGAUA